CAGAACAAUGUACAUAUAUAUUGCUUCAAUAGUAUAAGCACAGUAGAGUCAUCAUAUGACAAUUUUUUCUAUUGUAACAAACAACUACUAGAUAUAUAAAAUUGAUCAAAUUCAGUAAUAAGUUAUCGAUCGAGCACUAUUUAUAUAUCUGGAUACCUCCAUGUCGCAUGUAUAUUUCUGAAGUUAACACUUAUACCGUAUUGCACUAGUAUCACAUGAAUCAUGGAUGGUAAUUGUCGCUGUAGGUGGAGGUCUCCGCCGGUGUAAGGCGAGCUGGGUGCACGGGGGGUGCCGGCGGGCUGGGGGUGGGCUCAGGUGGCGGUGGCGGGCUGGGUGGACUGGGGUAUGGCGGCGGAUUGGGGGUGGGUGCAGGAGGUGGCUUGGGGGUGGGUGCAGGAGGUGGCUUGGGGGUGGGUGCAGGCGGCGGCUUGGGUUUGGGAGCAGGCGGUGGCUUGGGUUUAGGAGCAGGCGGCGGCUUGGGCUUGGGAGCAGGCGGUGCUGGCGGCUUGGGUGUGGGUGUGGGAGCAGGCGGCGCUGGCGGCGUGGGUGUCGGCGCGGGAGCAGGCGGCGCUGGCGGAGUGGGCGUGGGAGCAGGCGGCACUGGCGGCUUGGGACCUGGCGGGGAGGGUGUGCGGCCGCAGCUGAACAUGCAGACAAUGCCCCGAUCGUUGCAGCCGAUGACGCAGAGCGGCAGGUCGAUGCCCUUGCGCACGCGCAGGCACUUGAAGGCACAGCCCAGAACCUUCGUGAAGCACCCGAUCACGCACUGCAUCGUCCCGUCCAGCUCCGGAUCCGCCAUGCCCGUCGUCAAGGAGACUUCUGCGGCGCGAACGGUCGUAGGCGCGGCCGCGACGGCCUGCAGAUCGACGAGGCCAGCCAGGGCCACGAGGGCGAGGAGGAGGAGGACGGAGCUGGUGGUAGCCAUAGUGCCGUUGUGGUGUAA